AUGAAGUCCACCAUCCUCUUUGCCUUUUCUCUGCUCCUGAUCCUUCAGAAGCAAGCAGCUGUGCUGGGAUUCAGUGGUGGAUCCCAAGGCCAAUUACCUGUUAGAACACAAACGCAUCUACAUACAAUAAAAGGCCACUACCCUCAUGGAACAAAAGACACCCACCAAGCUGGAUCCAAAGGCAAUUUUCAUGUUCAAAUUGAAGAGCAGGUAGAUGACAAUGAUCAUGAUCGGAAACAAAAAUAUAAUCCACUUAAUUUGUAUGCACCACAUGAAACGAAUAUAUUAAGAAAAUAUCUACAUAGACUGCAAGGACCACUGAAUUCUGAAAAAGAAGGCAGACAUCAGGAUGAAUCAGGAGACCAUCUUGUCAGGCUAACGGUACACCACGGUACAGAUUGUGAGGAUGAUAAUGAGUUACAAAAUCCUGAUGAACAUCGUGAGAAUGACCUAUAUAUAAUGAGAAUGCUAGGCCAACAUCCAAAUAUUAUAGAAUGGUCAUGGGGUCACGUAGCAAGGAAAGAAAAAACCCCACACCAUCAAUAUAGGCCACGGCACAAACACCAAGGCUUUUUUACAAUCCAAAGCACACGGCCAGUAUAUGACCAAGAAGAAGAUGAGAGUCAAAAUCUUCAUCAAGAUGUUUAUGGGAAUGAAAUCUCAGAGAAAUAUGGUAGACAUCCAGGACAAGGCCCACUCCAUUAUGCCUCUGAAGCCAUACCCCAACAUGCAUACCAACUCAUUAUUCCUGUCCAAAAUGCGCUCGUAGUAUAUGAUGAGGAUCAAAACAAGUCAGAAUAUCCUAAUCAAGAUCAAGGGCAAGAUCAGAAUGAAUAUGAAAUGCCAGACCAAUAUCUAAGACUACAUGAUCAUGGAGCACGACACAGGAUGCAAGAUGAAUACCAUCACAGCUUUUUUACCCAAAGAGCACACCCAGAAGAUUACGAGGGUCGAAAGCAGAGACGAGAUCCUUAUCGAGAUCUGGAGAAUGGUCACAGUGAAUAUGAAAUGCCAGACCAAUAUCUAAGUAUAGAACAAGGACCAUUUGAAUAUGGAGAACAAGGCAGACAACAUGAUGGAUACCAACACAAUUUUCCUUUCCAAACUGAACAGUCGGGAGAUGACAGCUAUCAAAACCAGAUACAAAUUCUUAAUCCAGAUCAAUGGUAUGAUCAAAUUGUAAAUAGACUGUUUGGCCCAUAUCUAAGAGGAAAAUACCUAGUCUACCAUGAACAAAAAGGCAAAUACCAAAAGGAAUUCCAUGAGAGGUAUAAAAUGGCACUUAUAGAGAAAACAGAUGACAAUGAUGAUAACAAUGAUUAUAACCAAGAUCAAAGGCAUGAUCAUAAUGAAAUUCCACCGCAAUAUUCAAACAUAGUAAUAGUACCAAUCUAUCAUGGACAACAAGACAGACAUCAAGGUGAAUCUCAAGGCAGUUAUGUUCCCCAAACUGAACAGCAAUAUAUUGAUAAUUACCCUAAACGUCCACUAAAUCAUAAUCAAGAUGAAAGGUAUCACCAAAAUCCGCUGAGAGAGAUAUUACAAUAUCUACAUAGACCUGUCAAUUGUUAA